UAUGGAUAGAUAUGCACUUGUCUAUAACUGGGAAGUGUGAAUGCAGACCGACUGGAGAAAUAUGUGAGGUGUGAUUGUGUGAAGAACCGUGGAGUGUGAGGAUUGUCUGGGGAACUGGGAGGUGUGAAGAACUGUGGAGUGUGAAGAUCCUCUCAAGAAGUACACAAAAGAAGAUAAAAGCAGGGCAACCUUAGGUACUCCCACUCAAAAUGCAGGCCAUCUCUCAAGAGAGCAUUGGAUCCACACCAACUCCUGCGAGAAGGAAUCUGAAGCAGAAUCAUCAAGAGAAAGAAGAACAAAACAAGAACAGAGCAACCAAGCUUUAUGGCAACGUGCUAGGGAACCCGAAACAAGACAGGUAUAUCCUUUUUGAUCAUUUGGUCUCGUUAUGGAGCAACAAGGGCGCCAAAAAAAUAUUUGUCGAUGAAUGCGGGAAUUUCACGGCAGAGUUCUUCAACUUCCAAGACCGUGAUACUGUCCUCGCUGCAUCGCCGUGGUGGUUCCAUGACCGCCCCCUUCAGCUCCUAUCGGAGUUACAUUCAAACACCAAGGAAGCUGAAACAAUCCCCAUAUGGAUCCAAAUCCAUAAAAUCCCAGUGGAUUGCUUCAAUGAAGAGGCCAUCCGGAAAGCUGCUGAUAGCAUUGGACAUCCAUUAAAAAUCCUACUGAAUUGGGAAACUAAUGGAUGGCCUGCAUUUACAGCAAGGGUUAAAGUCAUGUACCCAAAGAGAAACCCAAUCAUAAAAUCAAUUAAAAUGAAAAAUCACAACGGAGAAGAAUAUACUGUGUCAGUGAAGUAUGAACUUCACUUCUUCUGCACUAGCUGUAGCAGCAUACUACAUAGAGUUGAAGAUUGCCCAGUAAACAAAGCUGAAAGCUCCAACCAGAAGACGCAGAAGGAGCAACCACAACAAACUGCUGCAAAGAGUUUCCCUCCUCUGAUCCCUCUGCAGCAACAUCCUCGUCUCCAACCCAAUCCGCCUAUUAAACCGCGCCCCAACUCAGCAGCUCGCACAUUUCUAUCUUUACCCGGGAUCUACAUUGAUUGCGCCUCAUCAGUAACUAUCAACUACAAUUACUAUGCUCCAUCUUUCCAAACCCAUUCAUCUGUGGGAUCUAUGCACUUUUCCAAUAUGGUCCAGAGAGAAGACAAGAAAUCCGAAGAGGAAAAAGAGUGUAAGAAGAUAAAAAUAGAAGGGUGAUUACUACUUUCCGGGUGCCUAUGGCCAUGGGUUAGGAGGGAGAUAUUGUUCUAUGUCCUUGAGAUUUUUAACCUUGCUUCUCUUCUAUUUUGUGUCCAAAAGUUCUUGUUUGUUUGAUACUAGUAAUGUCUAGUGUAGUCAUGGAUGUUGUAGCUAGUCUAUCUCAGUAUGCUUUUGCUAUAAGAAGUUUAGGUACUAAUCUCUGUUUGUUGAUAACUUUUUGGUUUACAGAAUUGCAGUGAAAAUAUAUUGUUCUGGUUGUGAUCCUA